AGAGAGAGAGAGAGAGAGAGAGAGGUGUGACUUUGAACGUGAGCAGAGCGAUUAAAGGCUGGUGGAGCGCGCACUUCAGAGAGAGCGUGAGGAGCGCGUGCUGGAACAAACACAUUGAUCUCGAUAUACGAGAUGUCCAACAUGGUGACCCCUGCAGACUGGACGACUGCCGUCAAAGUUUUCGAGAACCAAACGGCAGACGGAAACACAUCCUCGAAAUUCAUCGACUCUGAGUUUCGUUACACCCUCUUCCCCGUCUUCUACGGCGUGGUCUUUGUCUUAGGAUUGGCAGCCAACUGCUACGCACUUUAUGUAUUGCACAAUAUGCGGGACUCUAAAGCCAUGAAUGAGAUUCGCAUCUACAUGACCAACCUGACGAUUGCAGACUUGCUGUUCGUGUCCGCUCUACCGUUUUGGAUCGGGUACUACGCGAACAACGGCGACUGGAAGUAUUCGGAUGUUGUCUGUCGCAUCACAGGGUCGUUCUUUUUUAUUAACACCUACUGCUCCGUCUUCUUUCUUGCUGUUAUCAGCAUUAAUCGUUACUGGGCUGUUACCAGGCCACUGAUCGCUGCUUCUUCCGACUGCUGGAAACGUGGAGCGAUCAUCUCAGCGGGCGUCUGGGCCGUCACUCUUUCAGCUUCGAUUAAAUUUCUCAUUGAUCCUGGGCUCCAGAAAGACGGCGAGAAAAACCGCUGCUUCGAGGGUUAUCAUAACGAGACUGAUGAUACGAAAUACGCAGUCGCCACAACGCAUUUCCUUAUUAUCGGCAUGUUUUUUGUCGUCUUCUUAAUGGUGAUUCUGUGCAACAUCUCGAUCGCUCGAACUCUUCUGUCUCAACCCAUCAGUCAGCCCCGAGCCAGUACGGGGAAGCGACCCGGCGGCACAAAGCGGAGAGCUUUGAAGAUGCUGUUUGCCGUUGUGGGCGUGUUUGUGAUCUGUUUCCUACCCCAUCAUGUGGUGCAGGGUCCGUGGGUUCUGGCAGUGUUGGGCCUAAGAAAAGAUAAAUGGAGCAAGGAGACUCAUCAACUCCUUAAUGAUGCUCAUCAGAUCACACUCAUGCUGAUGGGAUUAAAUUGCAUUCUGGAUCCUGUGGUGUAUUGCUUUGCCACCACAAAGUUUCGCAAAUACAUCCAGGGUCACUUUAAAAAGGUCAAGAAUAAGAAAAACUGCUCACGUCAGACGCUAAGCACGGCUAUGUCUUUGAAGAGCAGAAAUUAGACCGAGUUAUGAAUGUUGCCAAAAGUAUAGAUGACUCUCGAUGUUCGUUUAUUAAUUUAUUAAUUCAUUUCACAAUUCAAAGUUUGCUCCACAGUUACUUGCACGCAUUGGUGGUGUAGCAACUAAACUAUUUUAAGCGUUAUUAUUUUAUGUGUUUGUUAAAAGAAUGGCUUAAAAUGAAAAAUACAAACUUGUAUGACACAAAGCUGUCGUAUGGCUUGAGAUAACUUGAAAUGUAGUCACAUGGACCACUUUGCGGUUGUUGUGUUGUUUUUUUAAGGCUUGAAGCAUACAAAACCAUGGGUUACAGAUCAUGGUUUUGCCAAUGGUAAACUUUUCGUAAGGGUUGUUAGUGCAGUGUUUUGCCGACGGUUUCAUGAAGAAUGAUAACGUUUAUGCCAGAAGCUGAAGAUUGACAAAGACAAAUAAGAGGUCACAUGUGGUUGAUCUGUAAGAUAGCUUUUAUUUGUUCUCAAAAUAACCUUGAAGUUGCUGUUUAUCUUUUUGUCUUUGCAGCUCAGUCUUUAAAGCAGGACACAAUCUGCAUCAAGGUUGUGAGUUUAACUGAAAAAAAAAAUGUUUGAUUGCACUGUAAGUCGCUUUCUAUGUAAUUUCUAAUGUAAAUGUAUUUAUAAUCUUAAAUGCACUUUGUAAAAAAACAGCUUUGAGGUAGUUUGACUAUGAAAACAAAUAUUAAUUGUUUUGACUGAAUGGGCGUAAUGUAGCUUUGUUACUGUAAGCAGCGUUUCUGUGCAGAAUCAUCACUGAAAUUAUAGCACUUAGGGGUUUCCCGGACAGGGUUUAGUUUAAUCCAGGACCUUGACCUUUGUUUUAUAUUACGAAAUUGCAUAGUUUUUACAAAAAUAUAAUACUGGUAUGCAUCUUGAGACGAAACAAUGGCACUGAUAUAUGUUCAGGCAGCUCAAACAUGCAUUUUAGUCUGGGACUGGGCCUCGUCCAGGAAACUGCCCCAUAAUGUUUUAUUAGUAGUAUGAUGAAAAAAUGAACUAAUAUGCAGUUAAAGGUGCAGUGUGUAAAUUUUAGCGGCAUCUAGUGGUGAGAUUGCUCAGUCCACUGCUCACCCCUUGCUUUUGAAACACAUAGAGAAGCUACUGUAGCCACCACCGGACAAACAGGUCAUCGUCGGAGACAACUUAGUAAAAAAGUUUGUCCUUUAAGGGCUUCUGUAGAAACAUAGUGGCCCAAAAUGGCGACUUACAUGUAAGAGGACCCUCGGUAUGUAGAUAAAAACGUCUCAUUCUAAGGUAAUAAACACAUAACGAUUCAUUAUGAAAGGUCUUUAUACACUCCUGAUAAUAUAGUUUUGUAUAUUAUUUUGCAUUUCUGUCAAGAGAUCCUUCUAAAAAUCACACACUGCACCUUUAAAGUAUUGUUUAUUAUGAAUUCAUGCUAACUAAUAACAAACAAAACCUAAUUGUUAAGUGGUACCUUAAUAUGUUUGGUUUUAUUAAAUAAUAAAAAAAAUAUAUAUUUUUAUUGUUGUCAAUAUUCUUUUUUUUUUUUUAAGUUAUAACAACCUAAUUAUUAAAAUUAUUGAGUUUUGACUUGUGACGUUGAAUUGACAUAACCAAGUUAAAGUAACAAAAAACAUAUAUUGAUAUGAUAUAAUUUUGACAGUGUGUUGUACAUUUUUGUUUAUAUGUAAACUAUAUAUAUAAUCCUAAUUUAGCGGGUCACCUUUUACAUUUACAUUUAGGCAUUAAGCAGACGCUUACAAAGAUCAAGAAACAAUCAAGCGAUUUGUCAUAGGGAGGCAAUAAUACAAGCGCUUAUACCAAGUUACAAGUUUUUACAAUCCGGAAACAAUACCUGUUUAGAGACAAAGAUAAUUCGUUUUUUCUCUAUCGAUAUUCGAUAAUUUCUCUAUCUUAAAUGAACAGCGAGCUUAGGCUCACAUGCUGUAUCUGAGUCACAUGCUUGUUCCUGGUUUCCAUCUCAAGAACUUUUUCAGGAACUUUUCUUUUCUUUUGCAAUAAUUUGUUGCUCAAAAGGAGAACUUGAACAUUUCAAAUGAACAAAAUGUCUUUUUAUAUUUGACUUACAUUGAUAAGUUUAAAAGUUCAACAUUUUGAAAUGGCACUCAGAAAGAAUUUUAUGUUGUGUUCCCAACUUCGGACAUUUCAAUUGUGAAAGGUAUUGUAUUGUUAUUUAAAAUAGAUUGUAAUAUUUCUUGUUUAUAUUGUUUUGUAUUUUGUAUGGUGUACAAUUAUAUUUUUAAACCUUGUCAGAUGUGUUCAUUUUAUAAAAUAUGACUUUUUCCACACUGAAAUCUUUGAUACAUACAGUAAUUUAUGCUUAUCUGUGUUUUUCUUUGAUAUAAUAUCACAUUUCAUGAUAUUAUAAUGGCGCUAAUGAUUCAGCUUUAUGUCCAUCAAGCAGGAAAUUAGGCAAAAAUGUGUUGCUAAUGUCUGCUAAUGCUUCAGACAAAUGUGUGUAAUGUUCAGAAAGAUGGGUUAUUGAUGACUCCAUUUUAUUCUCAGGCAACUGUGACUCAGGCAUAUUAUUGUGCGGCUACUAUUUAUUCAAGUUCUCAAGAGUUCAUUCAUCUUUGUACAUAAAAUACUAAAGUUGAUGUCCAUGUAAAUUUAAAUCAAUUCAAUAAACUUUGUUCAUUAAGCUGGA